GGAGUUUAGACAACUUCCUAAAAAGAGAGAUUUGUGAAUUUCCACUCAUGAAGAUGAAGGACACCUUUCUUCAGAGAACUUUAAACUAAGAAGAUUAUCCAUCUAUGCUGCAGGAAGAGGUGGAAAAUUGGGGAACAGAUAAGAUGACCUCUCUUUUGGGGAGAUUUCCAAAGUGCCUCUAUCCACAGAAAUUCCUUUGUUCCUUCCCAGGGACAGAGAUAUCAUCCUCACUGUCUAAUUUCCAUCUCUCCUAUUGCAACACUGGCCACUCCCUCUGCCCUCCAUGGAGCCCAGCCAUCCUCCGGGCCUCGGACAAAAUCUCUACAGAGCCUGGCAGUUUGAAGUAUUGAGAGAGACCCCAUUUCAACCUUCUCACCAUCCGCUCUCCCUCUCAUUCCCUUCUCUUCUUCUUGGGGAUGUCAGUUUCUGCUCUGAGCCCACUCCACACCCAGGCCCCUUUUCCGGUGGUAUGUGCCAGCCUGUCCUGCAUCCCACAUCCCCAGCUGUUGACAUUUCGUUGCCAUUACCCACAGGAUGAAGAAAGGGGCCCUGUUAACCAACAAUAGAAGAAAAGACAGAGACAAUGGGAAAUUGUGCUUCCGAUGGGGUGGGAACAGAGAAGGAAAGGACAGACAGACAGACAGAGUGGCUAUACAGAAGGGGUCAGGUUUUUCAAGCAGCUAGAAGUCCUGGAAGUCUGGUUUCCACCUUGAGAACCUCUUUCCAAAGGCAAUGCACACCCAGGCACUGGAGGGCAGAGGUGCAAAAGGAGCAACUGUGUUGAUCAAGUGCUCAAGUCCCAGGUGCUUGGAAAUCCCAGGAGCCCAGGCAACACCUCAUCCAGAACCUCUUCCUGAAGCAGGACGAAACGCUGCGGAGCAUUGCUCCCUCCAUCUCUGUGGAGAGACCAGCUUCUAACAGACGCGCUGGGCUGACCCUCAUCAUGCCAGGUCGGCUCACCCUCCCCACACUCUGCCUCUUCCUUCUCCCCUGGGCCUGCACUGUCUUCCACAGAGCCCAGGGAGACCCAGCAUCCCACCCGGGCCCCCACUACCUCCUGCCCCCCAUCCACGAGGUCAUUCACUCUCAUCGUGGGGCUACGGCCACGCUGCCCUGCGUCCUGGGCACCUCGCCUCCCAGCUACAAGGUGCGCUGGAGCAAGGUGGAGCCGGGGGAGCUCCGGGAAACGCUGAUCCUUAUCACCAACGGCCUGCAAGCCCGGGGCUACGGGCCCCUGGGAGGACGCGCCAGGAUGCGGAGGGGGCAUCGCCUAGACGCCUCCCUGGUCAUCGCGGACGUGCGCCUGGAGGAUGAGGGCCGGUACCGCUGCGAGCUCAUCAACGGCAUCGAGGACGAGAGCGUGGCGCUGACCCUGCGCCUGGAGGGUGUGGUGUUUCCGUACCAACCCAGCCGGGGCCGGUACCAGUUCAACUACUACGAGGCGAAGCAGGCGUGCGAGGAGCAGGACGGACGCCUGGCCACUUCCGCCCAGCUGUACCAGGCGUGGACCGAGGGUCUGGACUGGUGUAACGCCGGCUGGCUGCUCGAGGGCUCGGUGCGCUACCCCGUGCUCACCGCGCGCGCUCCGUGCGGCGGCCGAGGUCGGCCCGGCAUCCGCAGCUACGGGCCCCGCGACAGGAAGCGCGACCGCUACGACGCCUUCUGCUUCACCUCGGCGCUGGCGGGCCAAGUGUUCUUCGUGCCGGGGCGGCUGACUCUGUCUGAAGCCCACGCGGCGUGCGGGCGGCGCGGGGCCGUGGUGGCCAAGGUCGGGCACCUCUACGCCGCCUGGAAGUUCUCGGGGCUGGACCAGUGCGACGGCGGCUGGCUGGCGGACGGCAGCGUGCGCUUCCCCAUCACCACACCGCGGCCGCGCUGUGGCGGCCUCCCCGAUCCCGGGGUGCGCAGCUUCGGCUUCCCCAGACCCCAGCAGGCGACCUACGGGACCUACUGCUACGCCGAGAAGUAGGGGCCUGCCGCACCCCCUCGUUGUGGCGGCGUCUCUUACCGCCCCUUUCCCGCAAGCCUCCCGCCAGACGCCGAGCGGCCGCUCCAGACCUGCCUCCACAGCCAGAGGCCGCGGGCCACCGACCCCGGCAGGUCCGGCGUCGGGGAGGGGAGGUGGUGGCGCCCCCUGCGGCGGGGUGCGGAUAGGAGCCUCGAACCCGCGGAUCCAGACCCGCGGGGUUCGCGAGCCCCCGGCAGAGGACGCAGCCACCGCUAGGGGGCGUGGGGGGGCGCCCGGGGGUAUUAACUGACCUCUGAAUACAGCAAUAAAAUAAUUUGGGGACCUUG